AUGGAGGACAACUGGGAACCUCCUUUUCCGAGGAAUGAUUUGGAUACAGAGUGUUCGGCGAUCUCGAUUCUCAGUAGUCCGCUCAGUACCCCCGGAUCUCUAUCGCCAUCUCCCCCGACAUCCCCUGCACGGUCCGAAGAAGCAAGGUUCAUUUCCGCUGUCUCUGUUAGGGAAACCCUCGAUGAGAUCGAGGAGAAACAGAACACCUUCUUUGUAAUGGAGAAAGACCUAAUACUUCCACUCUUGCCGGAAGAGAACUCGAUACGGGAUUUGAUCGACUCUGACAAAUACCGGAAUGCUCGCAUUCAACACCUCGAACCGUUAAAAUACCAACCCGCUGGCCUGCGAGCGGAGUUGAAACCCUAUCAACUAGAGGGUCUUUCCUUUCUUCUACAUCUCAAAAACAACGGGGUGGGUGGUAUUCUUGGGGACGAGAUGGGUCUUGGAAAAACAAUCCAGACCCUCUCGCUGUUUCUGCACAUAAGAGAAACCGAGGACAUCCAAUGUACAAUUUGCCCCCCUUUCCUGGUCAUAUGCCCCUUGAGCGUUUUGGAUAACUGGGUUUCUGAGGUGACGAAGUGGACGCCCGGUUUAAAUGCAACCAAAUUCCAUGGCUCGCAAGCCGAAAAGGCCCAGAUAAAAUCUUUCAUCGCCGCUAAGAAAGCGGGGAAGGGUCAUGUGGAAUCAAAGCCAAUGCCUGAUAUUAUCCUGACGACGUUUGAUACCCUUCUCUCAGAUAGAGCGUGGUUCUCCAGAGUGUUCGUUUGGAAGUAUGUGGUAUUGGAUGAAGGUCAUCGUAUCAAAAACAGUGAGUCUAAACGAGCUCAGGCCCUUCGAGCCAUCAAAUCCGAGUUCAAAUUGGUUCUCACGGGUACACCUGUGCAGAACAAUCUGAGAGAGCUUUGGUCGCUAUUCAAUUGGCUUUACCCGAAUAUAUUCGUCCCAUCCACUUCGGAAGUGUUUGAACAAGCGUUUUCUCUAGGUGAAGGAAGAGUGGACAGGGAAUUUCUUGAGCAUGCAAAAAGAUUCCUCGGCCUGGUGAUGCUUCGACGAGAAAAAGAUUCAGCAGAAAUCGGCAUCACCAUCCCUUCAAAAACAGAAAUAACACUUUCUGUACCUCUUUCGGAUCUCCAGCAUUCUUGGUAUCUCAAGGCCCUCACGGGCAUCGAUCAGAUGUCCUAUGGUGACCUUAGAAAACCCGGUUCAACCUCUUAUAACCGGGCCAUCGGCAAUAUCCUUAUGGAGCUCAGAAAAUGCUCUAUCCAUCCGUAUAUGCUUGAUGACGCCCUUCCAGACCCAUACGAACCGGGCGAUCAUAUCGCUAUCAAUUCUGGAAAAUUCGUCGUCCUGCAGAAGCUUGUCGAGCAGUUUGUUUUUAUGGACAAAAAGAAAGUUAUCAUUUUCUCUGGCUUUGAUCAAGCUCUGAAUAUUUGCGAAGAUCUUUUUUUCACGCUCAAAGAAAACGGAUUGCGAUUCGAGUACGUCCGCUUGGACGGAAAAACCUCCCGGGCUUGGAGGAAUCUCAAUAUUCACCUCUUUAAUAGCGACGAAAGAUACCGGAUUUUCUUGAUUUCAACCAGGGCUGGCGGUGAGGGUAUAAACCUCACCAGCGCGUCGACUGUGGUCUUCCUCGACGAAGACUGGAACCCCCAGGCCAUGCGCCAGGCGGAGGCGAGAGUGCACAGGAUUGGACAAACUCAACCAGUAACGGUUUUCAGACUAUAUUCCCGUGGGACUGUGGAAGAACAAAUCCGCUGCCGAGUGGACAAGAAAGUUUACCUGGCCUCCAAGGUCACAGACAGCGUGCAAUCACCUUGCGUUGACACUCCCUUCAGUCCCGGGGGAGUUCGGAACACCAACUGCGCAGACACAACGACUACGAAUGGCAGUCUGGUGGCAUCGCUUCGACGGGCUGCCUUUUCUGGGAAUCAUCUCGACACUAAGUACCUGACGUCUUUGGAUUGGGAAACUCUUCUCAAAAAGUGCACGAACAACCAGAAACCAGACGAGGGCCUCCUAGGCCCCAUCAUGACCGACGAGGAUGAGGAGGCAUGGUUGAGACGUGUGGAGAAAGUUAAAACCAAUAUCUUCCAAGGCCUCAAAAUUGACACGACCGCCCGAUCUUCUCCAAAGGUCCAGGAAAACCCGGAUCUUGGAUUAGCACGAGCUGAGCGGCGAAUUGGAAAAAAGCGAACUGUCAAAAUUGAUGGAUAUGACGUGCUCAGAAGUGAUCUUCGACAGCCAGUUCCCAUGACCAAGGAUCAGGGUAAAAACGACACAACUGUCGAAUUCGUACAUGAGAUAACAUGUUAUGUUUGCAGGGGGUUCGAUCCGACGGAAUGUCAGGUUUGUCCCCGUGCUUUCCACAACGAGUGUGUCGAGAAGGUAGUUGAAUUUCAGCCAAAUCGCCCGGCGGGCUUUGCAUGUCCGCAUCACUAUUGUUGCAGCUGCCAUAAGCCCGCAUCGCAGGUUGGGCGCCUUCUUUUUCCUUGUCGCUCAUGCGAAAAGGCAUACUGCGAGGUAUGUCUGGAUUGGAGCCGGGCCACAUUCAUUGGGACAAACCCCUCGUUCGAGCAAAUGGGGUAUUAUCCAACGAGCGCAUUCUAUAUAGAAUGUGCGACCUGCAAGGCUGUCCCGAAGAGGAAGGUCAACAUCCAAAACGAAAGCAAGCCAGCGAAGCGAUGUUCUUUUUGUGGCGGCAGGGUUUGA